GUUACUUCAGUCAGUCACUAGAUGGCAGACUCUCUGUAUGAACAGCUGUUGCCUGUUGGUGGUUUCCACUUGUUGCAAUGGCGACCAUCACUGAGCUGAAGUGUGCCGUGAGGGACACACUGGAGUCCCGCGGGGUGCUGGGUCAGCUGAAGGCUCGGAUCCGGGCAGAGGUGUUCAGCGCCCUGGAUGAUCAGCGGGAGCCUCGGCCUCCGCUGUCCCACGAAAACCUGCUCAUCAACGAGCUGAUCCGAGAGUACCUGGAGUUCAACAAGUACAAGUACACGGCGUCAGUACUGACAGCAGAGUCAGGCCAGCCUGAAGUCCCUUUGGACAGACAGUUCCUGGCGAGUGAGCUGAAAGUCACAGAGGAUGCGAGCUCCAAGUCUGUACCUCUUCUCUAUGGCUUAGUGUCCCACUUCCUGAACAGCGGUGAUAAAGGAGGGGUGUUCCUGCGGGGAUCCUCUCUGCCAGCCGGCCCCACUGCCAGCGACAUCGGACCUGGAUCUAGUGCUUAAGAAUUGACAAUGCACUCAAUACUGGCAAACCUUGGACUAAAAACUAAAUACAUACAUGACAGGGAAUGUAGCAGCAACUCAUCGGACAUCUUGUCCUUAGAUUGUACUGUGAGUGUUAUUUGUAUGCAUUACGGCAUAGAAUCCAAUAUGGUUGCAGCAAGCAUUUGUAUCUGUUAUUUAAGUCACUAAAUGCCACAGAUAUCCUGUUCGUGUUAUGAUUUUGAUAUCUGGCUUUACCGAUUGCAGUCAUCCAUAUUCCUUGCUCUCUCUCCAUUAUUCCGACAGAACUUUGAUGUCUUUUUGAUACUUUAAUAUUGUCUUUUAAUUGUUAAAAAUAAAUUGUUUUUAUAUUUAUACU